AUUUCCAUCCAACGUCCCCAAUUCCCUCGCUAUCCUCCGCAGUCCACCCCCACAUUUCUCGCUAUCGGAGUUCUCCGGCGGCGAACCGAUGAAAUCUCAGGCGAAGGACGACAAUGAAACUCCUAUGCGGCAAUGGUCCUUGCAAGAUUUCGACGUAGGAAAGCCCCUCGGCAAAGGAAAGUUCGGCAGAGUCUAUCUAGCAAGAGAAGUCAAGAGCAAGUAUAUAGUGGCACUGAAGGUGAUUUUCAAGGAGCAGAUGGAGAAGUACAGGAUUCAUCAUCAAUUAAGGAGAGAGAUGGAGAUACAGACCAGUCUUCGGCACCCGAACAUCCUGCGUCUCUAUGGAUGGUUUCAUGAUGCUGAACGGAUUUUCUUGAUAUUGGAAUACGCUCACCGCGGUGAGCUUUAUAGGGAGCUUAGGAAAAGUGGUCAUCUCAGCGAGAAGCAAGCUGCCACUUACAUUUUAAGCCUCACCCAAGCAUUGGCAUACUGCCAUGAGAAGCAUGUGAUUCACAGGGACAUUAAGCCAGAAAAUUUGCUUCUUGAUCAUGAGGGCCGAUUGAAAAUUGCAGAUUUUGGAUGGUCUGUACAGUCAAGAAGCAAAAGACGUACCAUGUGUGGAACCCUGGAUUAUUUAGCCCCAGAAAUGGUGGAGAAUAAAGCUCACGAUCAUGCUGUAGAUAACUGGACUCUGGGUAUCCUUUGCUAUGAGUUCCUUUAUGGUGUGCCUCCAUUCGAAGCCGAAAGUCAAAGUGACACAUUUAAAAGGAUAAUGAAGGUGGACUUGAAUUUUCCCUUGACCCCUCAGGUUUCCCCAGAAGCAAGAGAUCUCAUUGGCCGGCUCUUAGUGAAGGAUUCCUCUAGAAGACUUUCACUAGAGAAGAUAGUGGAGCACCCUUGGAUAAUCAAGAAUGCAGAUCCAUCUGGUAUUUGCAAUAGGUAGAAACAUCACUUCGUUUUUUAACUAAUUGAUCUUGAUCAUGCCUCCUCUCAUUUAAAUAGAGUUUGAUUAAGAUCUGUGUAAUUUCCCAGUGUUGUAGCAUUAUUGAUGAUUUAACCAUAAUCUCGAAAAAAAAAUGUCGCUAGUAGCUUUACUAGUAGUAUUAUAGGCUCUCAUUCCUUGAGGCUAUAUGUUCUAAUUCUCAUUCUUUUCGAUGUGACUACGUUUGAAAUAG